CUAUUCGCCCGUGUGCAACGAACGCUUCAGCAAAAGCAAACGCUUUGGUAAAUUCGCUUGACGUUUCUGUCAAUGCGGAAUAAUAAACGUAAAACAGCAGCAUCAUUGCUUAUUCGUGAGUUUCUCGUGAGGAUAAUUUAUUGUUUCUCUCUAAAAAUGGAAGCUUCAAUUAAAGUUGCCCCUCAAAUGCCCAAUACAUUCAACGAUUUUGCCGGUCAUGUUGCUCCGUUGGACGAAAGUUGUGCGGCUCAACUUCAGACCGUCCAUCCACUGAAGCAGUCCGAGUUGAAUUACGACCAACAUCGGCAGAAUUUGAACUAUCAAAUGCUCCGCAACCGGGAAGGUCUGGCGGCUCCCUUGAAGCUUACCAUGGAGCUGAAAUCGGUAUCCCGCGUGGGACACAUGCCGUUUCUACCGUCCACCAACGUGGCACGGGAUGUCCUCACCGGGCGCGACGAGCUGAUUGAUUUUACUGAUCUCUUCAACAACGAUGAGAAUUCGGAGUUUAUGCGUCAGCCACAUGCCGUGAUGGAGAAGACGCUCGGUAUUUCGUAAGUUAUGAUUUGUUAUUUUAUAAGGAUCCUUUUGCACUGGCAUAAUAUCAGAUCGAACAUUAAUUGGGAACUGGAAUAAACUGGUUGAAUAUUUACUCUA